AUGACAACAUCAUCUCCAUCACCUUCAUCGUCGUCACCCAUCUCAAUCUCCUCGUCAUCGUCAACAUCAACAUCAACGUCAACAUCAACCUCACCGUCAUCAUCAACCUCAUCUUCAACCUCAACAUCAACGUCAACAUCAACCUCACCGUCAUCAUCAACCUCAUCUUCAACCUCAACAUCAACGUCAUCAUCAACCUCAUCUUCAACCUCAACAUCAACGUCAUCAUCAACCUCAUCUUCAACAUCAACGUCAACAUCAACCUCGUCGUCAACAUCAACAGCAGCACUAAUUGCCGGUAUGUAA